AUGGCAGCUGCGGCUCCGGUGCGGGCUUUACAUACGCAGCCAAAGUCAAGUCGACGCUGGGAAAAGAAGAAGCCUUCUCCCGCUCCUGCAAAGAAACAGAUGCCCGGUAACCAGCGGUCCUGUUUCCGAUGUGGAUCUACUGCUCAUCUUGCCAACAGCCCUGGAUGUCCUGCUGUAAAAUCUACUUGCAACAAUUGCGGUAAAGUGGGACAUUUUUCACGCGUGUGCCGUUCAAACCAAAAGGAGACUUCACUACUGCCAGUGAAAGUUGCCCUGAACUAA